UUUCCAGAGCCAUCACAACAUGACCUUUGCCCGAACCGGCUGCUAGCUGUUGCUGUCAGCUGAUUGUGAUAAUCCAACAUUGAUACUGAGCUCUGUCAGUUGACUCAGUGACUGUGCCUUUGUUCCAGUUAGACUGAAGCGUCCAGGUUUUCAUUGCAGUGAGAAAAGAACUCCAAAGUCUUGGCCAUAGCAUUCUCUUUAUUUUCGACAUACUUUCUUGAUAGAUCUGUGAAAACAAAGGCACAAUGGUUACAAGGCGAAUCUUGUUACUCUCAAAUUCCACUUUACAUAAUGGAAAAUAUCUGGAAUGGGCGAAAUCUGAAAUUUUGGAUUUUCUAGGAAGGAAGAACGUGAAACGCAUUUUAUUCGUUCCCUAUGCAUCUUCUAAACAUGAUGACUACACUAACACUGUGAAGAAUGCUCUGGAGCCCUGGGGUUUUCAAGUAGAAGGAGUGCAUGCUGUGCCUGACCCAGUACGGGCUGUAGAAAAUGCAGAAUCUAUAUUUGUAGGGGGUGGAAACACAUUCUUGCUCCUGAAAUCUCUUUAUGAAAAUGGACUAAUUCCAGCAAUCCAGAAGCAAGUUUUGGAGAAUGGAAUGCCUUACAUAGGUUCGAGUGCUGGAACAAAUGUAGCCACUACCAGUAUCAACACUACGAAUGAUAUGCCAAUUGUCUACCCUCCUUCUUUUGAUGCUUUGAAAUUGGUUCCAUUCAACAUCAAUCCUCACUAUAUUGACCCUGAUGUGAACUCGACGCAUAUGGGUGAAACAAGAGAGAAGCGAAUCAGUGAGUACCACGAAAUUGAAGGAUCACCACCAGUGCUCGGUUUGCGUGAGGGCAGUCUACUCUUCCUGGAAGGAGAAGAGGUCGUUCUUAAAGGGUAUCACAAGGCUCGUUUGUUUGUCAGGGGCAAGGAGCCAGUGGAAUAUAAUGUUGGAUCUGACCUAAGCUUCCUCCUUUCUUCAAAGUAGAAGCUGACAGAACUUCUCAGUUACUACAGAGCCAUGCUGGGUGUCAGUUUUCUAUUCCUGUGUUUGUUUAUGUUAUCGUUGAAAAAUAAAUUAUCGCCAAGUGGGGUCUAACUCUA